UCGUUCAAAAUUAGAAUUAGUGUUUGUACAAAUGAUCUUUCACGUAAGGGCGAUCAAUUGCUGCAUGUUUGAAACAGAGAAUUUUGUAUUUAUGCUCGACGCUUUGGACUGACUCAACCUAUUUUUAGCAGUACGCAGACUGAAUUUUCUAAUGUAGCCUUGCCAAAUUGCGUGUUUUAAGACGUGCGCAUUCAGGUUACGUAGAUAACGGCUUAAUAGACUGCGUCUGAAUCGAGUGGCGUCGUUAGCACCAAGCGCCUGAAGGCAGGAGCUAAUUUAAGUUGUUUGCGUUUAAAUCUCUAGAGUGUCUUUACUUUUAAGAUUUAUUUGAAUAUCACCACGAAGUAAAAUAGGAAAAGAUGGACGGUCUGAAUGAGAUCACAAAAGGGGCGGGAAAUAUGUAGAUAGAAAGCAGAUACUGCUGGUCAUGCUUACACUCGACAUACAUUUCUUAGGAUUUUGGCAAUAUAAAACAUACAAAAUGUUUCUGUAUAGUUAUUAUACUGUAGGAAUUUUGUAUCCAGAAGUGAGAGGUUUAGAGACCGCAUGAGAAGAGCGAUCCUAUCGGAUGUCUCGGCCUGUCCAUCUUCCAGUCCCCUGUCCUGUUCAGCUUGGAACCUUAAGAAAUGACUCCCUGGAAGCUCAGCUUCAUGAGUAUGUGAAAGAAGGGAACUAUGUGAAAGUGAAGAAGAUUCUUAAGAAAGGGAUUUAUGUUGAUGCAGUUAACUCCCGGGGCCAGACAGCACUUUUCAUUGCUGCGUUACUGGGUCUUAGGAAAUUAGUUGAUGUUCUGGUGGAUUAUGGAUCAGACCCAAAUCACCGCUGCUUUGAUGGGAGCACCCCCGUCCAUGCAGCAGCGUUUUCAGGCAGUCAGUGGAUCCUCAGCAAGCUGCUGGAUGCGGGAGGUGACUUGAGACUCCAUGACGAGAAGGGCCGAAGCCCUCAGGCCUGGGCCCUGGCAGCUGGGAAGGAGCGCAGCCCUGCGAUGGUGGAGUUCAUGCAGCGCUGUGCCGUGCACAUGCAGGCCAUCAUCCAGGGCUUCUCCUAUGACCUUCUGAGGAAGAUCGACUCCCCUCAGCGGUUCGUCGGCAGCCCCCCCCGGUUUGGGAGCCUCAUGCAGGGAAACCCUACUGGCUCUCCUAAUCGACUGCUUAAAGCUGGGGUUGUUUCUGCCCCAAAUAUCUACAGCUUCGGCUUUGGGAAGUUUUGUCUCACAGGAAGGAAGCAGCUGGCCUAUCUAGGCUCUCUUCCGGUAAUUGGAGAAAAAGAAGUGAUUCAGGCUGACGAUGAGCCCACCUUCUCCUUCUUCAGUGGCCCCUACAUGGUCAUGACCAACCUCGUGUGGAAUGGGAGCAGAGUCACAGUGAAGGAGCUGAAUCUCCCCACCCACGCGCACUGCAGCAGGCUGUGGCUGGCUGACCUGCUAAUUGCUGAGCAGGAGCACAGCAGCAAGCUGCGGCACCCCCACCUCCUGCAGCUGAUGGCUGUGUGCCUGUCCCAGGACCUGGAGACAACCCGCCUCGUGUAUGAGCGCAUCUCCGUCGGCACUCUGUUCAGUGUCCUCCACGAAAGGCGGUCCCAGUUCCCUGUGCUGCACAUGGAGGUGAUUGUGCAGCUGCUGCUCCAGAUCUCCGACGCUCUGAAAUACCUGCACUCCCGGGGGUUUGUCCACCGCUCCCUCAGCUCCUAUGCUGUCCACAUCGUCUCCACGGGGGAAGCAAGGCUGACCAACCUGGAGUACAUGAUGGAAAGCCAGGAUGGAGGUGCACACAAAGACCUGACUCAAGUACCCCUCCCGACCCAGCUGUACAAUUGGGCCGCCCCAGAGGUGAUCUUACAGAAGGCUGUCUCGGUGAAGUCGGACAUCUACAGCUUUUCUAUGAUCGUGCAGGAGAUUUUAACAGACAACAUACCCUGGAAUGGCUUAGAUGGCUCAGUUAUUAAAGAAGCUGUAGUCUUGGGAAAUUAUUUAGAAGCUGAUGUCAGGCUUCCGAAACCUUACUAUGAUAUUGUUAAGUCAGGCAUCCAGGUCAAGCAGAAAGACCGAACUAUGAACCUUCAGGAUAUCCAGUAUAUUCUGAAGAAUGACUUAAAGGAUUUUAUGGGCACCCAGAGAACUCAGCCAGCCGAGGGCCCCAGAGUACAGAGAUAUGAACCCCAUCCUGAUGUCAACGUCUAUCUGGGAUUGACUUCAGAGCACCCAAAAGAGCCCCCCAACUUGGAAAUAAAAGAGCUGAAAGAAACCGGCAGUCAGCUUCGUUCACCAAGGGGUUACUCUUCUCCCACUGAGAAAGCAGCACUAGAUGCUCAGGCCCCAGAUCCAAGUCUGGUGUCCAGGGAGACUCAGAACGAAGGUGCUGCUUCUCCUGUGUUUUCUGUGGCGGAAGAGGCCAGGAGCCCUAGCGCAGGUCAGGCGAGCCUCUACAGCUUUGAAAUCAAUGAAAUUUACUCAGGCUGCUUGGAUGUGGGAGAUAACAAAGAGGAGGAGCCCCCGGGCUCUGUUUCAUCUCUUGAGGAGGAGAGACCAACCCAGGUAGAUGACCUGCAGUCCAUGGAAGAAGAGUUGGACAAGAUGGAGAAAGAGGCAUGCUGUCUUUGCGAUGAGGACGAUAGCUCUUUGGAAGCUGAGACAGAGCUCUCCUUUGAGGACUGGGACUGGGAAAAUGGUUCACUUAGUUCACCCAACAUACAUGAGCCUACCAGAGAAGCCAAGGGCAAUGUGAGCAACAGGUCCAUGACUGAGGAGUACAUCAGUAAGUGUGUGUUGAACCUAAAGAUUGCACAGACAUUAAUGCACCAGAACGCCGAUUUGCUGAGGACUACCCAGCAGAAAAUUGAUAAGAUUCAGCUGAUCCAGAGGGAGCAGGAGGAGCACAGGUCUUUGUGGGUGACUUCAAGAGAGUUUGUGCCUUUAGCUCUGGGUCCCCCAUCUUUGUGCUACAUCCCUCCUGUCAUGCUGCUCUCAGGGGACCAGCAGCUGGACACCAGUGGCAAUUCCCGAUCCCUAGUGAGGUCUCCAAGGACAGUGAGAGACUUUCAAGGGGGACAUUUUGGCAAAAGAUCCAGGAAAAGAAGUGACUUCGGCUGGAAGCCUUUCACCCCUUUUACCCAGGACUCUGAAGAAAGCCCGGGGGAUCAGUCAGAGAACAGCCAUCAGCUGCCGACUCUUUGUGGCUCAGGAAAACAGAACAGAGGUGAACAACCUCCGCCCACUCAAGGAGCCAAGGACAGUUUGGACAGAAGCAGGAAUCCAGAUACUGAUAGUCACGGAAGGCCUAGAGAGUCCAGUGCCCAGGCCAAAGUCACACAGCUAAGCAGUGCACUCUUCACUGUGUCAAGCCACCUGCAGGGUCAUCCGGGAACACCCAGCCCUGGCCGGGACUCUACCGGGAUCAAUAUGGAAUUUGUGUCUUCUGAAAUCUAUCAUCCAGAAUCAAGAAAUCAUGAAGUUGAAGAGCUACACUUAAAAUGGAAAACGGAGGUGAAAGAAAUGGCAGAGAGAGCAGCUGCUGGGCAGCUCACGGUACCUCCUUGGCAUCCUCAGAGUGGUGUGGCUUUAGAGAGUGAGGCUGGAAAAGAGCCUGAUCCCCUGCUGCAGCCCCCCACUAGGAACCCUGAGGGCGUGGAUUGGCAGCAGGUGGUAGAGUAUCCCAGGGAAAAUGACAAGCCAGGAGGGAACAGCAAGUGUGACAAAACGGACAAGAGUGACCAGCCUGGUGAGCAGCCUGGGCCUCGGAGCUUCACCAGUGCCAGGCAUCUGUCCCUCAGAAAGAAUGAGCAGCCAGAACAUAGUGAAGCCUUUCAAGCAAGUUCUGACACAUCCGUGGUCAUUGAGAAAUCUUACAGCGAUCAGUCUGUGCAAUCAACUUGUUCACCGGAAUCUUCUGAGGACAUAACAGAUGAAUUUUUAACUCCAGACUAUGAGUAUUUUUACUCCUCGACUGCUCAAGAAAACUUAGCUCUAGAGACCUCAAGUCCCAUCGAAGAGGCCUCAGGAGGAAUACAAGGUGCGCUUGCCCAACCUCCAGGCUCUGACAAGGAAAAGUUCCAAAUGAAGGGAAGAGUCCUUGGAAAGAGUGAGAUUUUGUCCAAAUCUCAGUUCCAACCUAUACAAAGUGCUGAAGGUGAACAAGAAGAGACUUUAAAGGAGCCACCAAAGGAACGGAAAGAAAAAGACAUAUCCUUGAUGGAUAUUCAAGACCUAUCAAGUAUCUCCUGUGAACAAGACAGCUCUUUUAAGGAAGCUUCACGUAAAACACCCAAAAUAAACCACGCACCUACUAGUGUCAGCACUCCGCUCAGCCCAGGGUCAAUUUCUUCAUCUGCCAGUCGGUAUAAAGACUGUCUUGGAAGUAUCACAUUUCAGGUGAAAACAGCGUCUACCUCUUGCUGGAACAGUCAGGAAUCCCUUCGAACCUCAUCUGAUAAAUUUACAACUGUCCGGGAGAAAGCUAGGAGCCUGGAUUCCCUCCUUACUUCCUCUGAAAUGUCCCCUUCAAGACUGACUGACCUCAAACGGUUGUCUGUGUUUACUGGGUCUGGUUCCCCCAGCACAGCUAAGGCAUCUGGCACAUCACUCCCCACCACCCAGAGAAGGAGCCUUCCCAAAGAACUAGUAGAAGCCAUCUCACAGCGUCACAUUGAUGAGUUACCACCACCGUCUCAGGAGCUACUUGACGAAAUUGAGCACCUGAAGCAGCAACAGUCCUCACCCACAGUGUCGGGUGAGAACACAGCGAGUGACGCUGGCCGCUCUACAGAUGAUCAAAGGCACUUAGAAGAACAAGAAACUGACAGUAAAAAAGAAGACAGUAGUAUACUUUGGACCAAAGAAAUUGACGAUCUAGGAGAAGACACCGAGAGAGCUCACUCUACUCUUGAUGAGGACCUGGAAAGAUGGCUGCAGCCACCUGAGGAGAGCAAGGGACUCGUGGACCUCCCAGAGGGCUCUGCAAGGGAGACAGAUACCAAGGACCAAGAAGUUGGUGAAAAGAAGAGAAAAGGGGAAGAAAGCAUCAAGCUAGAGAGAAGGAAAUCAGAGAGCUUUUUCGGGACUUCUGAAGAAGAUGAACUGAAACCCUGUUUUUGGAAGCGACUGGGUUGGUCUGAACCAUCCAGGAUAAUUGUGCUGGAUCAGAGCGACUUGUCAGACUGACCAGAACCGGACCAUGGACACACUUCUGGCCUGAGUUUGAGUGUCAGGUUGUGAGCUCCCUUGUUCUCUCAUGUGCUACAGUCCGCUUCAGGACAGCAGUUUGGCAACUCACACUUUGUUCAGCUACCACAUAGACUGAAGGAUUUGGCCCUGUCUGCUGGCAGGGCAUUUAACCACUUGUCUUGUCAUACUUCUGAAAAGUGAGAGGUAGUUUUGACUGUAAAAAUUUUUCUUGUUGUUUCCCGAAUGGCUUUUGGUUUUGUUGAUACAGACAUUAGAAAACUUUAACUUCUAUUAUAUAAUAAAAUGUUUACUUUUAAUAGCAGUUAGGUUUCAGCUAUGUAAGAUGCUUUUUCUGUGUUUGAGUUAUUGGGAGUAAGGGGAAGGAGAACCGUCACCCUAAAAGGCUUCAAUUUCUGUUAUAAAGUUUAACAAACAGGCAACCACUGCUGCCACCCAUCAUGCAAACUGGCACCAGUUGCCCGCGUUUUGUAACAUAAAUACUGCCCCGCUUAUUGGCUGGGGUUACCAUAUUCCCAUUCCAGCUAGAAUUGGUUUACACAAUAAAAGUACAGCUAGGAAUAAAAUCCCAAGAUACUUUGAACUCUUUAAGGAGAACAGACAUCAUCUCUGUAUAUUUUGGAUUGUACACCUCACAUCAUUAGUGUCUUAGAAGAAUAAAAUUGUGGUAAGACCAAGAGCACAACAUUUUCUCUAAUUUAACCUCUCAGGACUACUGGCCAGAUGCAUAUGUGUAUCAAGGCUGGUUUCUAGAGGAUUAUAUACCUUCAUCUACCUCCAAUUUGGAGUCUCUACCUGUGAAUAAAAACCUUUUCUUAGAAGCUGUAUGCUAUCGCUCAGUACUAGCCACCUAAUGUUUUAUUCAGUCUUGGUGAGUAAGUACUAUAGGUCUUUUAUUUGUGUAAACUGAAUCAUUCCUGUUGUGGAUGGUUGUAUUUGUACAGUUCUUAGCUCCCAAAAUUUGUAAAAUGGGAAGGUACAAAUUUAUCUGAGCAUUUUAAAACAAGGAAACAGUUUCUUGCCAUUGUAACCAGAGGAAGACCACCAGAAAACAUAAAUUAGUUUACAGAUAUAAUAAAACCUGUGAAAGCCAGAACCUGUAUAAGGGGGAAACCUGUCAGAGAAGAAAAACUGAAAUAUUUUCCUCUAAAAGGAGGGAUAGGAAAGUGGUAAGACUGCACCCUGUCAGAGGCAGAAAACUUGCAAGACACAGAAAAACAAGGCAGUCCUGUUGAGUUCCAACUCUUAACAGGUUUUACUGUAAUAUCAUGUGCAAGAAACUUUGAGGGGUUCAAAGAUUUUUAAUACAUAAUCCUUCCUCUCAAAAACUUAACUUUCUAAUUGUUGAGACAGAACCAACAUACAUAAAAAUAUAAUGAUUGAUGCAGGCAUAUCACGAUAAAUGCUGAGUUAUGUUGUUAUAGCAUUACCUUUCAGUAUUCCUAAAGGCUACAGGUCCUACACAAACUCCCACCAAUGUGGAUUAUAAUGUUCUGUCUACAGGGCCAGCAGAGUAGACUCUUCUAUCUGGCCAGUGACCGUGACCAGUGUGAACAAUAAUAACAAUUGUAGUAGGUAUUAUUUAUGGAGCACCUGUUAUGUGCUAGGUACUUAACAAGCUCACGUGUGAACCCCAUCCUUAUAUGUGUUCUGGUGCUGCUGGUCUAGGUAUCACACUUUGAGAAGCAAGGAUUUAGAGGACUUUAUUCUAAGACAGUGGUUCUCAGUUCUGACUGCAUAUUAGAACCAUCUGAGGAGUUAAAAAAAUUCAGGCACCAUCAGAUUAUCUGAUUUAUUUAAUCUGGGGUGGAGCAUAGGUGUCGUGUGUUUAAAAGCUCUCCAGGUGAUUCUAAUGUGCAGCCAGGAUUGAGAACCACUGUCCUAAGGAGGGAAAUCCUGGUGGCGUAGUGGUUAAGAGCUACGGCUGCUAACCAAAAAGUCAGCGGUU